AUGGCGUCCUCCACUAACAUCAAGGUCGUCUGUCGUUUUCGACCACCAAAUUCAAUUGAGCAACGAGAAGGCGGCGAAAUCGUAGUUUCUUUCAGCGACAACUUGCAGACAGUGCAAAUCCGCUCUGCGCAGCUUAGUACAGGCCCGGAGAGAGAUGGCUUUACAUUCGAUAGAGUGUUUCCUCCUGGAACCAAACAACAUGAAGUGUUUGAUUAUGGCGUCAAAGACAUCGUGAAGGAUGUUCUGGAUGGGUAUAACGGAACAAUUUUUGCGUAUGGCCAAACCGGUAGUGGGAAGACAUUCACGAUGAUGGGAGCAGAUAUUGACUCUGUGGACUUGAAAGGUCUCAUUCCUCGUAUAACAGAACAGAUCUUCCAGUCUAUCGUGGAGUCCGACGCGCAUCUGGAGUACGUCGUGAAGGUGUCAUAUAUGGAGAUCUAUCUUGAGCGAAUCCGCGAUUUGUUGGCGCCACAGAACGACAAUUUGCAAGUUCACGAAGAGAAGUCUAAAGGUGUCUACGUCAAGAAUUUGUCAGACUACUAUGUGAGCAGUGCGCGGGAAGUAUAUGAAAUUAUGCGACAGGGUGGUGCCGCACGGGUGGUCUCUUCAACAAACAUGAAUGCGGAGAGUUCGCGAUCUCAUUCAAUCUUCCUUAUCACGAUCCAGCAACGAAAUACAGAGACGGGUGCGCAGAAGAGCGGUAAUCUCUAUCUUGUCGACCUGGCGGGUUCAGAAAAGGUAGGGAAGACUGGCGCAUCUGGACAAACAUUAGAGGAAGCAAAGAAGAUCAAUAAGUCUCUAUCAGCCCUUGGAAUGGUCAUCAAUGCUCUGACCGAUGGAAAGGCAAAACAUGUCCCCUACCGAGACUCAAAGCUGACCCGAAUUUUGCAAGAAUCUCUCGGAGGUAACUCGAGAACAACGCUCAUCAUUAACUGUUCACCAUCAUCGUAUAACGAGGCUGAGACGCUGUCAACUCUCCGUUUUGGUAUUCGUGCCAAAUCUAUCAAGAACACUGCGCGCGUCAAUGCUGAGCUCUCCCCGCUGGAACUCAAAGGUCUUCUUGGCAAGGCUCAAGCGGCGAAUGUGUCAUACCAGAAAUACAUCGCUGCGCUCGAAGCCGAGCUUGCAAUAUGGCGUGCAGGUGGCCAGGUGGAUCAAGCAGAUUGGGCUUCGUCUGAUAAACCAGGUGCUGUACCUGCCGCUGCACCAAAGAAAGCGCCGACAUCGCCGACCCCAUCGUCGACGCGCAGCAUGACGCCUGUGAUUCCUGCCCUAGAGGGCUUGCGACAGGACUUGGACAGCCGACCACAGACGCCGACUGUUGUCGGCUUGGACAAGGAUGAGCGUGAGGAGUUCUUGAAACGAGAGAACGAGCUUAGCGAUAUGCUGGCUGAGAGAGAAUCGGCUCUCGGCGCCGCGCAGAAGUUGGUGGGCGAACUCAAAGAAGAGCUGUCGUUCUUGAAGGAGCAGGAGACAUCCCUUUCUAAAGAGAACAAGUCCAUGUCUGGUCAACUAAACGAACUUCGUUUGCAAGUAGAGCGCUUAGACUACGACAACAAAGAGAGCGUCAUUACUAUCGACAUCCUUAAGGAACAGAACCAAGACGCGAAGGUCGAACUGGACGAACUGAAGAAGACUAUCCUUGAACUGAAGGCUGCCCAGAAGGAUGCCUCUGCAGAGGACAAAGAGAAGCGCAAGCAGGAGAAGAUGGCACUGAUGAUGGCCAAGUUCGAUGCUCAAGGAACGUUCUCUGAGAAGGACGACCAGCUUCGCCAACUACUGGCAAAACUCGAUUCAAUUGACUCCGAUGCUGCGGUCUCCACGUUAUCACACGACGAUAUCACAGCGGCUCGACGACAAUUGGCUGAUGGGCAGGCACUCAUCCGUGAGACGGUGGACCGUCUGAGACAAAGUCAAGAAGAGGGUGAGAUGAACGCGCGCAGGCGCGACGAGCUCGAGGCCCGGAUUUCAGGUUUAGAGGCCGAGUACGAAGAGCUUCUAGAGAAAACGAUUCACGACGAGGAAGUCAGUAAUGUUGACGUCGCGGAGUCAAUGUCUGAGCUUAAGAACAAGUUGGAGGCCCAGUACGCUGCCAAGCGCGACGCCCAUUUGAGCGAAGUGCAAGAUCUGAAACAGCAGUUGGAACUCAGAACGAAUGAGAUCCGGACCCUGAAUGCGACCAUCGACAGCCUGAAGAGUGUCAACGAUGAGCUCAAACGGGCAUUUGCCGUCACGUCGGCAGGGAUCGAGGGUGGUAAGAACCUCGCGGAAAGCGCCCAGGAUCUCGAGCGAACGCGGAAAGCGAUCAGCGUGCAGCUCGCCGAGUUUGAUGGCGUCAAGAAGUCGCUCAUGCGGGAUCUUCAGAACCGCUGCGAGAAGGUGGUCGAACUGGAAAUCCAGCUGGACGAAAUCAAGGAGCAAUAUAACAAUGUGAUCCGCAACAGCAACAGCAAAGCGCAGCAGAAGAAGAUGGCUUUCUUGGAGCGCAACCUGGAGCAGCUGACAGUUGUACAGAAGCAGCUGGUUGAUCAGAAUUCAGCGCUGAAGAAGGAGGCGGGCAUCGCGGAGCGCAAACUGCUCGCGCGGAACGAGCGGAUACAGAAUCUGGAGGCACUGCUACAAGACGCUGAUCGAAGACUUGCAGUGCAGAACCAAAAGUUCGAAGUUCAGUUGCAAGCUGUCAAGGAGCGGUUGGACCAAGCACGCGCUCAAAAAAUGCCUGCACAGUCGUCUCUCAGCUUUGGCCGCAUCGCAAAGCCCCUGCGAGGCGGAGGAGGAGCGGCUGCUACUGCUGCGCCGAGCAUGAGUCCGUCAAUGGCAGGAAGCCCAGCAAAUCCUUUGGCGCGGCUGCAGAACGAAGAGUCGAGCACCGGAGCCAAGCGGGCCUCGUGGUUCUUCAACUCGCGUUGA